UGUUCAAUGCGGGAGCGCAUGUCCAUGCGCUAGUUGGCCACCGCAGAGAUGCAUGUAGGGUGAAAGGACUCCGUUUAUGUGAGAAUAUCCUGCUAUCAUUUGAGUUCAUUAACGGUUUAUGAUGAUUUCGUAUGAGCGCAGACGGCCCACCACAUCCUUCCUUCCUCUCUCUACGUUCUGAAGUCUGUAAACCCCCGCCACCACCACACGCGCGCUCCAAGAGCAAGGGCUAUUCAGCCGCCGCACACAAGCAGUCACGGACAGACGGGUUUAAAGAACUUAAGGAUUUAAAUUACAUACCGAGUGAGAGAGCCGUUGAGCCUUGGGUGAGGGAGGGAGAGAGACUGAUUUGUAUCUUCACCAGAUCUGGAGGGGGAGGAGGCACGGAGAAUGAGCUAUUCUUGUACCACAGAGGCUGUGUGUAACAGCCAGGACGCACCUAACGCCAGUGCGAAGAAAGCGGCUACUAAUAAUACGAACCGUGGCAGCGGAGAUCUCGACAGCAGCAGCAGAAGCCCUAGUUCACGCCACUCGCACCCCAAACCGCUCGUGGCCAUGAAAGUGAAGAAAGGCUGCAACUCGACAGAUGCUGGGGUCCCGGUUACAUCGGAAGACGAGUUGCUAAGAAACCCCGUAAUAUCGCCUGAGGAUGUACUUGGGUUACAGAAGAUCACUGAAAACUACCUAUGUUCCCCAGAGGAGAACGUUCACAUGAUCGAUUUCACACGGUUCAAGAUCCGAGACAUGGAGACAGGGACGGUGCUGUUUGAGAUCACUAAACCCCCUGUACCAGCGGGCGAAAAGAAGGAUUUGGACCCCAACGGAGGCCGCUUCGUCCGUUACCAGUUCACCCCCGCCUUCCUGCAGCUGCGCCAGGUUGGAGCCACUGUGGAGUUCACAGUGGGAGACAUGCCCAUCAACAACUUCAGGAUGAUUGAGAGGCACUACUUCAGAGAGCAGCUCCUCAAGAGCUUUGAUUUUGAGUUUGGUUUCUGUAUGCCCAGCAGCAAGAACACCUGUGAACACAUCUAUGAGUUCCCCCCUCUGUCAGAGGACAUCAUGCGUGAGAUGAUCCUGCACCCAUACAAAACGCAGUCCGACAGCUUCUACUUUGUGGACAACAAGCUGGUGAUGCACAACAAGGCAGACUACUCCUACAGUGGGAGUCCAUAGGACCACAGGACCCCCCUAGACACCUAGACCCAUCCCAACUCCAACUCAAUCCCACCCCUCCAUGGGACCACGGACAGACAGACAGACGAACGUGCUGACAGAUGACGAAUGGAGAGAUGUAUGGACGGACUGACAGGUCACAAGCAACAGGGCUGAUGGACAGCCUCUCACACUCUCCACAGCUUUAUUUCUCCAACCAGAAUUCCCCCAUUGCUUGUUAACGCCUCAAUUGCAAUCCCCUACUCCAAGUCUCUUGCAAUGACCUCUCAACUUAUGUUUCUGUGUCUGAUAGAGAGUGUUGUAGAUGUGUACACAGUCUAGUAUACAUAAACACACACAGACCUUCGCUAUGGGACACGUCUGAUGUGGCCCGAUCUAGACCAAAUAAAAGCACAACAAGUACAGUAUGUAAGGGCCAGUAACAAUGAAUGAGAUUGAAUGUCUAGUCAGUGUUUUCUGAAGGGCUCAGUCAAUCUACUAAAGAGAAAAAGAGAGCAGCAAAGAGAGAAAUGGGAGAGACAGAAAAAAUUGAGAGAGAGAGAAAGAGAGAUAGAGAGAGGGUCUGCUUAUCUGCCCUUCAUCUCAUUAACAUUAAGCUAUUUAAACAAUAGAGACAGACAGACCCGCCAGUUGUCGGUGCAGGACCAAGUGACACAGACACACAAUUCUCUGACAUCCUCAAAACAUGUAUUCUAAUCGAGCAAGCAGAACCUAUAUAUUUCUACUAGGGUUCAGCAACUUUUUUUUACUCUUAAAGAAAGUCAAAAAAGUUUAUUGAAUUUCUUAUAAAUAGCCAUUAGCUCUGAAUGACUCGAUGUCCCUGAUAGGAAUAGUACUACUGUUUGAUGAAGUUCUUUGUCGAUUACCAUUCCACUAGAAACCAGUCGAAUGCCAUUAGGGUACAGUAAGACGUAGAAUGGGACAGGUACUCUUUUACAGUGAAUGUGUCGUAUUUAGGCUUGUAAAAUGCUAGCUUUCCCAAAAUUCCCUGGUUUUCCAGAAGUCCCGUUUGGAGGAUUCCUGCGUUUCUUAUUCCAACCUGAUUCUCGGAAUCUUCCAACUUGGAUUUCCGGAAAACUUGGGAAUUUUAGGAAAGUUAGUAGAAUUUUGCAAUCCUAGUCGUGUUUAUUUCCGUAUACUCAUAGUUUUAUGUUCUAAAGUAUUUUUUUAAAUAGCCACUUUGAGGAGUUAAAUGUAGGUGAAGGAUAGUCAUAUAGGAAUUCAAAACCAGAUAUUCAUUUUGAUAUCCAGCACAUACUAUUUAGUCUCAAGUGAUCUGCAGAUUUAUUUAAAAUAAAUGUGGUUUUUGUAAAUUAAAACUAAAAAUAGUGUAAAGUUUAGAUGGUUGAAAUGCCACUUUGAGAAAUAAAUAUAUGUGAUUUUUUGGGAAGUCUUGAAA